AUGUCUGCUCCAGUUUCCAUCAAAAUCAAAUUACCAAACAACAUUGAAUAUGAACAACCAACUGGUUUGUUCAUCAACAACAAAUUAGUCCCAUCAGUCAGUGGUAAAACUUUCAAAGUUACCAAUCCUUCAAACGAAGAAUUGAUUGCCAACUUACACGAAGCUGACAAAGAAGAUGUUAACAUUGCUGUUGAUGCUGCUUCAGCUGCUUUCAAGAAAUGGUCAGUUACUGAACCACAAGUUAGAGCAAUGGCUCUAUACAGAUUAGCUGAAUUGGUUGAAAAAAAUGCCGAAUUAUUAGCUUCAAUUGAAUCAUUAGAUAACGGUAAAGCUUUACACUGUUCAAGAUCAGAUGUUAAAUUAGUUAUUUCAUACUUGAGAUCAUCUGCUGGUUUUGCUGAUAAAGUUGAUGGUAGAUCAAUCAACACUGGUGAAGGUUAUUUCAACUAUACUAGAAGAGAACCAUUAGGUGUUUGUGGUCAAAUUAUUCCAUGGAAUUUCCCAUUGAUGAUGUGGGCUUGGAAAAUUGGUCCAGCUUUAGCUACUGGUAACACUGUUGUCUUGAAACCAGCUUCUGCUACUCCAUUAUCUGCUUUAUAUGCUUCCUUCUUAGCAGUUGAAGCUGGUAUCCCAGAAGGUGUUAUCAACAUUGUUCCAGGUUCUGGUAGAAAAUGUGGUGAUGCUAUCUUAAGACACCCAAAGAUCAAGAAGAUUGCCUUCACUGGUUCUACUGCAAUUGGUAGAAGUGUUAUGAUUGCAGCUGCAGAAUCUAACUUGAAGAAAGUUACUUUAGAAUUAGGUGGUAAAUCACCAAACAUCGUUUUCGAUGAUGCUGAUGUUAAAACCACUGUGCAAAACUUGAUCACUGGUAUUUUCUUCAACGGUGGUGAAGUUUGUUGUGCAGGUUCAAGAAUCUAUAUCCAAGAAGGUAUUUAUAAGGAAAUCAUUGAAGCAUUGAAAACAGAAGUUGAAAAAUUAAAAGUUGGUGAUCCAUUCGAUGAAACAAACUAUCAAGGUGCUCAAACUACCCCAGAUCAAUUCCAAGAAGUUUUGGAUUACAUUCAAAAGGGUAAAGACCAAGGUGCUAAAGUUUUAACUGGUGGUGAAAGAAUUGGUACUAAAGGUUAUUUCUUACAACCAACAAUUUUCACAAAUGUUGGUGAUGAUUUCACUGUUUUGAAAGAAGAAAUCUUUGGUCCAGUUGCCACUGUUUCAACAUUUAAAACUAUUGAUGAUUUAGUCCACAGAGCUAACGAUUCUGAAUAUGGUUUAGGAGCUGGUAUCCACACCAAAUCAUUAGACAGAGCUUUGGAUGUUUCACAAAGAUUAGAAGCUGGUAUUGUUUGGAUCAACACUUACAAUGACUUCAAUGCUUCAGUUCCAUUUGGUGGUUAUAAGGAAUCUGGUAUUGGUAGAGAAAUGGGUUCUGAAGCUUUAGAUAACUACACCCAAGUUAAAGCUGUUAGAGUUAAAAUUAACAGACAAAUUGAAUAG